AUGAAUAAAUUAUAUAGACCAACCAAUAUUUUAUUAAAUAAAAUUAUAAAAAGGAAUUAUAUUUCAAACUUUAAUUCAAUAAGAAAGUUUUCAAUUGUAAAUCAAAACUCAAACUCAAUUAUAAACAACCAAAAUAAAUAUAAAUUUUUUACAACACAAACUUUAGCCAAAGAAACCAAUAAUAAUACCAACACCAGCACAACAAAUAUUCAAAGUGAUACUAUUAUAAAACAACCAAUAGAACAAACAUCACUACCACAAGGGGAUAACUCUAAAUAUAAUAUUACACUUACUGAUAGUUGUGUAAAGGAGCUAAAUAGAAUUCAAAGUCAAAUGAAAGAUUCAAUGUUAAGAGUUAUGGUGGAUAUGGGUGGUUGCAGUGGUUAUCAAUAUAUAAUAAAAAUUGAAAAUAAAAUGCAAGAAGACGACGUAUUAUUCGAAAGAGAUGGUGCAAAAGUUAUUAUUGAUAAAAUUUCAUUAGAUAUGAUGGUUGGAUCGGUUAUAGAUUAUGAAAUCAAUUUAAUGAGAAGUUCAUUUUGUGUCGCAACAAAUCCAAAUACAAUUAAGUCAUGUGGUUGCAAAAUUUCAUUUGAUUUAAAAAAAUAA